AAAUUAAUAGAUACAUUUUUAAGCAUGUUAGUAUUGUCAUCUUUUUUCCUUUCUAUGUAAAAACAGAGAAAAGAGACGCUUAAAUGAAGUGAACUGCUGUAUUACCGAAAUACUGCUUUCAUUAUGACGUAAACAAACUUGUCAAACCUGUCAUGCAAGUUCGUCAGACUCAGUGAAGCCUACGACGAUAUAAACAUUAUAUAACGUGAAAGUCAUGGCUCUUUUCAAUUGCAGCAGAUUGGGGAGUAAGUCGGUGCUGGCGAGCUUAAGCAGGUUUCCUGCGACGCUGAGUACCGUGAACUAUGCCCAGGCUGCGAGUGGCGUGCCUAAGAUCACGUUUAAGAAGUUCGAAACUCCAGUGCCGGAGCAUCACGAUGUUAAAAAUGAGCGUCUGAACAGACCGUUGUCUCCUCAUCUUACGAUAUAUUCUGUUCAGCUGACAAGCACGCUGUCAAUCACCCAUCGAGCGGCAGGUAUAAUGCUGUCAGGUUAUGCCAGCGCACUGGGUAUUGGGGCUUUGGUUUUACCGAAUGACAUUUCUCAUUACAUCACCAUUAUUGAAGGCUUGAAUCUAUCACCUGCAACAAUUUUCCUUGCUAAAGCCAUCAUUGCCGCUCCCUUUGGUUAUCACUUUGCCAAUGGUAUCAGGCAUUUGUACUGGGAUACCGCUAAAGGUCUGACGAUUAAAGAAGUUUACACAACCGGAUAUGCUAUGCUGGGUCUUGCGGCAGCCAUCACCCUCAUUUUAGCAGCAUUAUAAACAUAAUUACGUUCUCAUUAAAACAGACAUGUUGUUGAAUAUUAUUUAUUUAUUGUCAUAAGUGGUGUAAUAAAUCAUUAAACAAA